AGUUUGCAAAAUCGGGACGAGUAGCUUUCUUUUGACGCCGUCUCUCUGUCAGUGUAGAGAUCUCGGGAAAAGAUCAACGAAUCUGGAACUUUGGAUUGCCGUCUAUCAACAUGAUGAUGAUGAUGAUCAUUUUUCUUUGAUUUCCGCCAAACUCAGAUGCUGAUUCUCUUUGUUCGAUUGUUUUUUUUUCUGUCAGGCAUUCAUCUGCCUCACAAACAAACAAUAGAAAGUGAAUGUUCAUCCAUGCCGAUGGGCUAUGACUAAAUGUUACUCGGAUCAUGUCAUCGAAUGCAGCCACUUUCAAUCACUGGAGAUUCAACGGUGUAAAAAAUAACUGAACUUCAGAAGUGGAAUCUUUUCCAAGCAAUGAAUGCUAGAUAGGACAUCUUGUUACUAGUGCUCGUCAGACUAUUGUUACCCAAGAUCAUGUUGGAUCUACAGAAUGUUCGCAGACUAGCUCGGGAGGAGGGGCUGAUCGAAAUCCAGUACAACGCUAUCAACCGUGGUGUAUCGUUUCGCAAUGCUGAGGGUUCGCGGAUCAAUGUGUGGCACACAACCGGCACGGUUGGAACGUACGUCAACCACCCUCGUCUAGGUGGAUCCCAAUUGUUUCGUCGCGACGUGGAUAUGCAUCUGCUCCGAGAAAUCUUCCGAAAUCCCCGCGUGCACACAAAACUCGGAUACCACUUUCGCGAUGAGCUAGACAGGCGCAGGCGUUCUACUUCUUCAAAAAGUAGUUCUAGAACGACCACUAGCAGGGCUAGCAUUCACGGUUCUUCGCCACGUGCUCGCUCAAGGACGCCACGACGCUGCCCUACAAACCAUGCUAGCACUACACCGCGUGAUCACAUCAGCAAAGAGCAUGAGGAUGUUCAAGACGAAGAAGGCGCAGCGAAGGCCCAGCUUGAGAAGCUGAAAAUAGAGCGCGCUGAUUUAGAUGCAGAAAUCGCCUCUGUACAGUCUGUUCUUGAUGUUUUCGAGAAACAGCGGCAGGAGGAGAAAUGCAAGGAAGAUGAGCGGAAGAGGGCGGAAGAGGAGCAAGCACGUCUAGAGCGAGAACGCAUUUUAUGAUCAUGAUUUCUAUAUCUAUAAGUACUACGUAUUUCUGAACCUUCAAAUUUCAAUGUUAUAAUACCCUUCCCUUCUAAUUCCCGAGAUGGAGGCGACUAAGGAAAGAAAGCGGAUCGAGCGGGGGAAACGAGCGAUCUGGUGGACGCAUGACAAGGAUACCAGUGAGCACAUGAAGAAGAAUAUGAAUUCCGAGGUCUCCUGUUUCGCCAUUUGUGGAGGUGAAAAUAGGGUAGCGUGUCUUCUUCAACACGACGAUUCCCGCAGCUCAUCAUGGACCUCCGGGGUGCCGACAACUCUAGACAAGUUUUUGCGGAGCCGCGCCAUGUACCAUCCACAGCCAACGUAUAUUGCGAUGGGUUCUCAAGGACGGUAUUACUGUGAGCUGGAAAACGGCAGAGCACAAUUCAAUGGUCCUAGCUCUUUCUGUGACUUGGUUCAUGAAACGAAACGACACAUUCGCAGCGUCGCUUUCGGACCCGACUACGAUACGUGGUUCGUAGUUUUCACUGACGGUGGCUGGGAGUAUGAGGGAGACGUGCCCUCCGAGCUCGAUGACACGAUCUACAGAAAGCGCCGAGGGCAGGCCGAUCUAGAAUUCGUUUCCCUGGGCCCGAAUGAUCAGUACUUCCUGAGAUGCAAGAAUGGCCGCGUCUUUUGGAACAUCACAGCCUACAUUUCAAAUGAGUUGAACAAACCAGAGUACGGGGGCGGCGUCCGCAGUGUACUCUUCGGCGAUGACGUGGACACCUGUUUUGUACGAGGUAACUGGUAAGAAACCAAAAUGGUCAACACUUGGUCGCGAAAGGAAAAUCGUUGAAUGAGAUGAAAUACCAUGAUGUUGUGAACGUUGGCAUCGAUGAAAAUAGAAAGCACAAUUCCACCAAAGAGCACAGACUCAUCGUAAAUUUUUUAGCCAGGCAUGGCCCAUUCGAAGUUGUACUUUGAUUCACCAAUUCGCAUCUCCCAUUUCCAUUUUUUGGUCCCAACAAAUGAACAUCUUGGAUGCACAAGUAUACACAAGAAAUAGGAAUAUGGAUCAUAAGCUUGAGCUGCACCAUGUGGAUGUGCAUGUACAGGAGUCAAAUUUUCUUCAAAUUGAUAUUCGGGUCCGGCAGGCGGGGGCAUAUCCUCGCUGUCUAGUCAAGG